AUGGGCCACUUGAUACCGCAUCUUCUUGCGCUCGGUCCCAGCGGUACUCGACAUGCCUCAACACCUCACGUCGAUCCCCCUCUCUCUACAGCACCAACACCCGCCGUCUCCGCCACACCACCGUCACGUCGCCCUCGUCCUGCUUUCAUAUCAAAGAUCGCCAAUUUGACGCGCAAGUAUCUCAGGAGACCCCGCCAUGAAUCUUGCCAACUCAAUGGUAGCACAUCUGGCGUAGAUUCUGAAGUUCCCAUCUACGCCACCCCGGAGACGAGCGUUGCCUCAACCGGCACUCAGGUUGGCCUGGUACAUCCCGCCGCCGCAUCCCAGCAUCCCAGCCGUCUUCGUGUGUAUGGGGCUUCGACAGAGCUGCCAUCACCCUCUGCGGUACAAACACUUGCCUUUACGUAUGUUCAGAAGCUGGAGCACGGAGAGGAGACGGGAAGCGGGGUCGCCUUUCAACUCGUAGGAUCGCUGGCCGAACCUCGCGAUGCAAUCGUGUAUGCCGCCAUAGCUCGCCCCUUCGGCGGCGGGUUGUCCAACUUUCCAGCGCAAGUCGUGCUCAAGAUGAGAUCCAAGGCCAGGAUAGUGGAGGAGGACUCCAAACCUGAACAACCGAGAUCUUCUUCUUAUGCGCAGGCUUUAUCCGAGUUACGGUCGAUGCGAAAGCUAGCCGUCGCGAAUGCCGCCUUCUGUAACCAGGCAUUGGCGACAUUCCAGGAUAGAGACUGGCUAUACAUAGUCUCGAGAUGGUACACAUGCAACUUGAGCGAAUAUAUCCGGCACUUAAACAAGAAAAAUAACAAAUCUGGGAAGUUGUAUCACCUUGAAUACAAGACGAGUUCUUGCAAGAGCUUUGCUUUAUACGCAGCUGAACUACUCCUUGCGAUGGAAGAGCUACAGAAGCAGGGCAUCGUUCAUCUCGACGUCAAGCCCGACAACGUCUUCGUAACCCCGACAGGCCAUGUAGUUCUAGGUGACUUUGAUCUAUCUUAUCCCAGCAUUGCAAAUGGUGCGGAGAUGGGUAGAACCUACCGAGAUACUCCUUUGAACCAUGCUUGCGGGACUACCGCCUAUAUGGCGCCUGAAGUUCUGGAGUGGGUCUCAAGCCCUACGGGAAGAUCCGACGUUGCCUGUCCAACUCAACGUGCGGAUAUGUGGAGUCUUGGCAUGACACUACUGGAGUUCGCCUUGAUGCUGAACGAUCCGUAUUUUGAGCUGUUGGCACCCGAGCUUUUCACGUCCACAGACGUGCUUUCGCAGGCACGUUCUCUACACGAGUACAUCAGUUAUGUGUGGUCUAUGUCGGGAGAAGAUCGUGGCGAAGGUGGCGAACGCAUGGCCCGGCAGCUCAAGAAACAGUUGAAUAUCCAGAUAUACAACUUUCUGUGUGGUCUUUUGGAGAUGGACCCAGCUAAAAGGCUCACUAUCGAAGAAGCUCAGAGCGAUUUUAUGUUGCAUUUUAUUGUUAGUGAUCUCAAGAGAGGUGAGUAUGACGAGAAACUCCAUCCACUUAUGAAGCCAAACGGUGCACCCGAGAGCACCCUGAUCUUCGCCGACCUUUCCUGCGCAACUGCCCAUCUCCAGGAGACAGAAAGCUCCGCGAGGAUUGGGAUUCAUGAGAUGCCCCCAUUCCAUACGUACGGUCCAGACUGGAUAUCGCCCAACAUUCUGGAGGGCAUAAAGCCAUCGGGACCAGAACAUGGACAGGUGAACUACGGACAGACGCACGAGACGAGGGACGAGGGGAAGGGCCCUUUGCUGUUGUUGGGUGACCGACGGCAUCAAUGA